GAGCUGUCGGAGGAGCGUCAUUCCCCGCCGCUGCUGACGGUUAACGGCCCCGGAGAGGAGAAACUGUUCCGCAGCAGGAGUGCUGAAGUGGAGCUGACAGCAGAGAAGGAGAGGGUCAGGAAGAUGCUGUCUGAAGGGUCUAUGUGUGAGAUAAACCUGGAGGCUGAACUGUUCACGCUGCAGGACAGCAACGCCAAGCUGGUGGCAGCGCUGCAGGAGGCCAACAGCAGCGUGGAGCAGUGGAAGAAUCAGCUGGCUGAAUACCAGGAGGAGACCGAUCGCCUCCGAGAUCAGGUGGCCGAGCUGGAGACCCAGCUGGGGCGUCCUGCCGCUGGUCAGCCUGGUAAAGAGGAGCUGAGUCAGUCGCUGGAGGAGCUGGAAGCCUUGCUGAGAGCCAAAGAUCAGGAAAUUCAGAAUCUACAGAGCAAGAAGACAGAUGUGGGUGAGCUGGAGAAAGAAAAGGAGGAGAUCAUAUUGAGACUUCAGGACCUGGAGAAACGGAACUUAGAGCUGGAAAAUCGAGUUCAGAGUGCUGAGAAAUCCCUGGCCACCAAUCAGGAGGAACAGGAGCAGGCGGAAGUGGAAGUCCAACGAAUCAUCGAUGUUCUAGACGUUAAAAUCUGCGACCUGCGAGGCCUGAGGCAAAGCCUGGCUAAGCUGGUCGAUAAGUAGCUGGAGCUGGGGUGCAUCUCCACAGUCGGCGUUCACGCCUUCGAUGGCAGCUUGAUGUGUGUUUAACAGGUGAAGCAGCAGAGCGAAAAUCACACGAAGGCUCAUCCUCAUUAGUUUGCUUUAGGAUCGGUGAAGGUGCUCCUCCUAAAGGUGAACAAACGGUUUCUCAUUGACUCAUCGUUGGUGUCCCUCUGAAAGCUGUUGAUCUAUUAUCAAUGAACAAAUGAGACCCUUUUUGGUUUGGGAACGUUCUAGCUUGAGCCACAUUUAUUUACAAAAGUCCAGAACCUUUAGUUGUUAAAUGGUCCUGUGUGUUUUUGUUGCACCUUUCUGCUAACGAGCCCUAGUCCUGCUUUCAUCUUGCUGCUCAGUCUGCAGUCCCUUCUGAGAAUCUCUAACCUUUGCAGCACUUUAGCUUGAUGCUGUUUUACAUUUUGUCCCUUUUGCAUGAGACAUUAUUGUUUUACUACCACAUUCACAGCCGAACUCCCACACUUACCAUAUCCUGAUGUGACCUGCUUUGUGGGUCUGAUGAGUGAUUAGAAAAGCUAAUUAUUAUUUUCUUUUUUAGAGGAGCAACUCUGAAUAAUAUCAGCCACCAGUGUUGCAGCUUAAGUACUGUUUGUGAUAAAUAGGCGUGUUUCCACUACUGGAACUUCCCGGCACGCGUGUCUCCACUUCACCGGGCCGGCUGAAUGGGCUUUUUUCAGGAACCUUUGGUGUACCUGAAUAGUAGUCAGCAUCUUACCUGCAGUAGACGGCUAUCUAACUGACCCGUGUUUAAAGGAGUGAAGCUACUUCCAAGGAGGAUUGAUUCACGAUGAAUUUUCCAUCAAACUAGUUUUGAGUAAAUUCCUCUUCCUCCGUUUUAAUUCCUUCAGCGUGUUUCCAUUGUCGGAACUUCAGGAUCAUUUCUGGGAGGGGGAAGUUUGACCAGGAGAUACGAUGGCCCAGACCUCUUGUGUCUCUAAAUUCAGCCCUUUCAGAUCUUUGAUGACAUCAGCGUACCGCGACUGCUUCAGCAGUGAGUGAUGUCACGAUCAGUGCCAAAAAGCGUCCACAGUAACUUUAAAAAUUUUAUUCUGUUGAAGUACGACAAUUUAAUCCAUUUGGACGACCGAGAGAGCAGCCGUGUGAUAUAAAUGUGGCAUUCAAUGACUAGUAGAAGCUCUGUUUUUUACACCGCUCUGUGAGACAACAAACCUCCGUGAACUACGUUGUCGUGGGAAAAUUUCACUGCGUUUUUUGCUGUUGGGAGUUCCUUAAUGGCUAUUUUAAAGUACAGCGAACUGUGCUUAUUUACUUUUGCUUCGAUUCUGCUGCAAAAGCAACUCUUCUAGUUUUACUGAUACCGGCUGUUAGUUAUAACGAAUCAGCGUGAGCUAACCAAAAGUUCAACUCAGUUCCUUUAGCGUGCCGUUCUAAGUACCUACCCCAAUCAUUUAGAGGGACAUUAUGGAAGUUUGACAGCCAAAACAUGCAUAGAAAUAAUAAAUAUCUUCUUCAUACAUUCUCCUGCAAUGCCCUGGUCCUGUAGAAUGAGCCCUGGCAUUUUUACUGUGAUUGCCUGUUUUUCUGUAAAAAUCACAGAAAAAGAGUUGCUCGGGUCAAGCAGACUGCUUCAUGCGCGUUCAAGCUCAGGCAUCGCCCGUAGCAUUUGUUAUCAGUAGCUUUAGUCUUUGUCGCUGUUCCUAACGCCUAGUGACAAAGCUAGCUACAUUUCUGAGGACCCUUAGCUACUUUUUGUAGAACGUUCUUCUAGAUAUUUCCUGCAAAUUAGCAACAAAAUAGCCAUUUUCGCUCCGAACCGUUCUUUGAACUUUGUUUCAGUUGUCAUCAAGGAUAUAAAUGUUACAAAUACAAAGGACGUCACAGGCGCUUCAGCUCACCUAGUAAGAUGUUGGACUCUUGUGCAGAAGACCCAGGUUCGAUUCUGUAUGACAACAUAGUUUAUUUAGAGUUUCUUUUUUACAUUAAUGGUAUAUUUUUUUACAGUAAGAUGCCCAAAUUUUUAUUUGAAACUCACCGAACGGCAUUCAAUUCACAGAUAAAAAAGAUGUGGGUUCAACUUUCCUUUUGGAACAAUUUUUCAAGCAAGGGAAGGGAAUGAUCUGAGCAUGCAGGAGGACUGACCCAUCUUAAACCUUUGUCAGCUGUGCUGAAGAGAAAAGUACAGAACCAAAUUAUUUAUUUAAUUAGUUGCACAUUCUCCUGUCCUCUGUCCUCCGGGCCACACACACACACACACACACACACACACACACACACACACACACACACACACACAAGGGACUGUCUCAGCUAUUAUUUUCGUUAAGGAGUGUGCACGUACAGCAUGCGCGCCUCGUGCACGAGCCUACUAUUGAAGCUGCCGUUCCGCUUUUGGCCUGAGGGGCAAUCGCGAGCAUAAAAAUUCAAAAGUCCAUAAAGUUCCUUUAAAUAUGAGGGCCUAAAGCAUCAAACUAAAGGUCCUCAAGGGCCAAAUAAAUAUUUUAUGGCAAUUAAAAAAAAUUGCACUGAACAAAAUCAGACUUGUAAUAAUCUGAGUCUUGGACAGGAAAAUCUCACCAUUGUAGAAAUACAAUGGGGGCUGCACAAAAUCCCUCUGAGGACCACAAAUGGCCCCCAAGCCAUGCUUUGGACAGGCCUUCUUUAUGGGAAGGUUAUAAGUUCUGUUUGUAAACGAGGCAUAAGAAGAUGAUAAACCAAAAAAAUGACAAGUCUUAUAAUAUAAAGCACAUUUAUAAGAAAACAUGUUAGUUUGCAAAUGUAGAAAUUCUUUUUUAAGUGUUUUAAUUUUUGCUCAUUGCAGAGCAGGAGAUCUUUCCUACAUGUUGCUAAACAAAGAGACCAGCGAUGAGGUGUGUAUAACAGCCCAGUGAUGGAGGUGCUGCUGUUUUCCAGCAGAGCUACUCAGGCAUAUCCAGACACGGUGAAAUAGAUGUAAAUGUGCACUCGUUCUGUAGUUUAGUCUUUAACAUCCUCAAAAAUCACCCCAAUUCCUUCUCAUAUGAUUGUAAAAUAAAGAUCUUAGAUUUUUACAUUUGUUAAUCAUGAAUAGUGAUAUUUUUAGAUAUUAAGCUUCUCGACGAAAAUCCCAGCUUCAUCAUCAUCAUAACAGCCUUCCUGAGUCACGGUGGAGAUGCACCCAGGGUAUGGACACAGAUGCAAACACCCUGAGUCUAAUGAGCUCCAGCAUCAUCAGCAGGCACUCCGAUCACACCAGCCAGAACACCAACAAACCAACCCAGAGAUGCAACAACUCGCUCCAGCUCCAUCCUCUGAGAACCGCCAGCAUAAAACUGACUAUUUUAUACGAAGCGCUCUUUCUCACCACCAGUUCUAUUAUUCAUGUUCAUCGAUGGGUUCUUUACAGUCAGGACCAGAGAUCUGCAAAGGUUAGCAGCCAAAUGAAAGGAAGAAAAGGUGCAAACUUUCUGAAAUUUGGACGAGAUCGGCCUUGUAACGAUGUCCUGAUGCACCAGAAAACUUUCCCACCUCGAUGUUGCUGUUGAACUUUUUCAGUUUUGUGCCAAGUUUCAUUUUGUUUACAUUUGUCAGUGUUCACUCAAAGUCUAGCUUGUUUUUUUUACACUUAGUCUAGGAGCUUAGAUACAGAAUAACAUUUCUAAACAUAUACAAGCCUUUGAUCACUACGAUAGCACCGCAUGAGCUCUGCAGAAAGAAACUACAUGUAAGAAAUGUGACACUGUGUGUGUGUGUGUGUGUGUGGCCUGAUUGCUUCAGUAAAAUGGCACAUCUGCAGCAGUUGCAGUAAAUGGGUACUGAACCAACUUGUCAGGGUUCGAUGUGAACAGCAGAUGCACAGAUCCCAUUGAUUUUUGCUCCUCAGCUCCUGAAGACUUAUUGAUUUCUUCAUGACGGUUAUAUCGGUACAAAUUAGGUGCAGCUGAUAAAGCUGUGACUGCCUGAAGCGUCACAGCAUGUCAAGAUGUGAAUUUAAUGCAAUAAACUGAACCCUAACCCUGCAGCACCCGUUAUUACAUAAACCUGCAUUCAUCACCUUAACCACUUCUUCCUCAUUAAGGUUAUGAGGGAGCUGGUGCCUGACUGCGGCAGCCAUCAGGUGAGAGACGGGGCGUUUAUUCCCUUUAUUCCAGUUCAGCUUGUAAAUGUUAGCAGGCUUUAUUAGAAUGAUGUAUGUCACAUUCAUGCUAGAAAAUCAGCUGCAGCAUGAAAACAUUAGUGGAUCAUUCAUGUUACUAUACUGGUAGCAGAAAACAGCCUCCUGUAAAUUUUGACACUUUAGUGGAACAAUUACAGAUAACAGAUCAUGAUUAAUUAAACAGGAAGUAUUUUUAAUCUGCUGUGGAUACAAAUUAACUCCCGAUGCUUCAGACCAAGAAGUGCUGCUCAUGUUUACACUUUUAACCAGUGAGCACCUGUCUACUUUUGAUGUUUUAGAUUGAGUAAAACACAUUUUAAGACAUUUGUUCCUCAUAUGUUGCCGUAUAGACAUGUGACCCAUGAGUAGUAGAGGCUGGGUUAAGGAUGUUGCCUUUACCAUGAAGCUAUUUUUGCAGGAUUAAUGGGUGGAUUCCUCUUUGAUGAAACAUUGGGAACAGCCUGUAGAACAUGUACCAUGUGCCAGUCUUGCUGAAGCCACAGGGACAAAUGCAACUAAGGUAGCUGACGUUCGUCUCUGAUAAAGCUUGUAACUUAAACCUUUAAGUACAAUCUCAAAUACCUCAGAACUGCUGAAGUAGUAUUUCUGUUUUUGCUCAGCACAAGUGUGACCUGAAUGAUUCAGUGUGAGGAUGAACCCGUUUGCAGGAUUUGUCCGUGUGAGGUGGACUUCCUUAUAUUUGUACGGAAACGUUUUAAACAAUAAAACUGUCAUGCAAAGUA